AUGUGCGUGCGGUGUGGUGGGCGUGUGUGUGCGGUGUGUGUCGGUGUGAGUGUGUGUGUGUGUGCGGUGUGGAGUGCAGCAUGUGUGCGGUGUGGAGUGUGUGCGGUGUGGAGUGUGUGCGGUGUGGAGUGUGUGCGGUGUGGAGUGUGUGCGGGGUGGAGUGUGUGCGGUGUGUGUGUGGUGUGCAGUGUGUGUGCGGUGUGGGGUGUGUGUGCGGUGUGUGUGCGGUGUGGAGUGUGUGCGGUGUGUGUGCGGUGUGGAGUGUGUGCGGUGUGUGUGCAGUGUGUGUGCGGCAUGUGUGCGUUGUGGAGGCUGGAUCAGAGCAGAGCCACGGGGGACCAGGUGUCUGUGAGAGCUGUCAGGGAAAACCAGCAGAGGAACCAGCAGGGCCACGCAGCGCAUAGGAAUCACAUGUGGCUGGACCCUGCGAACAGACUCUGA